AUGGGUAAACUAGACGUAGCUGUAAUGCGUUAUUUAACUGCAGAAGAUUUUCGUGUGUUGACUGCAGUUGAAAUGGGCAUGAAAAAUCAUGAACUAGUACCCGGAUCACUGGUAGCAUCUAUAGCUAACUUACGCCACGGUGGAGUACAUAAAUUAAUGAAGGAGUUGUGUAAACAUAGAUUGUUGUCCUAUGAGCGGGGAAAACAUUAUGAUGGUUACCGUCUCACAAAUUCUGGUUACGAUUACUUGGCUCUCAAAGCACUUACCAAUCGGAAGGUGAUUGCUUCAUUUGGCAACCAGAUUGGAGUUGGUAAAGAGUCAAAUAUUUACACUGUUGCUGAUGAGGACAGAAAUACAUUAUGUUUAAAGUUGCACAGAUUGGGCCGUACCUGCUUUCGCAACAUCAAGGACAAACGCGAUUAUCACGCGCACAGAAACCGUGCCUCGUGGCUGUAUUUGUCCAGGAUAUCAGCGACCAAAGAAUUUGCCUACAUGAAAGCGCUGUAUGACAGGGGAUUUCCAGUGCCUCGGCCAAUUGACUUUAACAGGCAUUGUGUGGUGAUGGAACUAGUACAUGGAGGGCCAUUGACACAUGUAACAUCCGUGCCGGAUCCCGAGGCACUGUACGACGAGUUGAUGAACCUGAUUGUUCGACUUGGCAACUGCGGAGUCAUCCACGGGGACUUCAAUGAGUUCAACAUCAUGAUCAACGAAGAUGGGCACCCGAUCAUCAUCGACUUCCCGCAAAUGGUCUCCACAAACCAUCCCAAUGCUGAGUUGUACUUCGACCGCGACGUGAAGUGCUUGCGGGAUUUCUUCAAGAGGCGCUUCGCCUACGAGAGCCAGCUGCACCCGAAGUUCUGCGACCUCGAGCGGGACGAACGGAUGGACGAGGAGAUCGCGUGCUCCGGCUACAGGAGGAGUAACAUGCUGGAAGACGAGCUGUUGCAGGAAAUGGGGAUCGAGCUCGCGGUUAGUGUCCAUGAAGCCAGCCAGUCGGACGGUGAUGAGGAAUCCGUCGAGGUCAUGGAGAAACCUGCUUACAGCGAAGAAGAUCUGGCCACGCUAAGGAAAAAGGUCGAAGAAUCGAUAAUGAGCGACGAGAAGAAACUAGAAAGCGAAGAGUUGACGAAUAAAACUGUAGAUCUAUCGAUGGAGAAGGAACAGGAGAUCGAAGAAGAAAAGUUGCCGACUUUGGUACCGGUUGAGGGGAUCAAAGAACAGAAGCUGUCGGAAUUUGACAGAAACUCGCAGAAGUACCGGCUGGCGAUGAUAGAGAAGGCGUUGUCCGACGUUAGAUCGAUGAGGACGUACACGUCGGCCAGCACGAUAGCCCCCGAAGUGGUGAAGCAGCAGGUGAAGAAGAAUCUAGAGGACAGGCAGAAGAGGGUGGAGAGGAAGAAGGCGAUCGCGAAGGGAGAAGCGAGCGCUGUGACCAGACAGCGAAGAGACAACAGAGAAACUAUAAGGGAGAGCCACGGUUUAUGGGGCUGGGCGGAA